AUGCACUACUCGCGGCUGGCACGAAAGGCAGCUGCACUAGUGAGGACCGUGAACCAUGUGGCACCACAGAGUCAACAGAUGACUGCCAGCUCUGAUGAGGAGAUGCGACUUCGACUGUUGGCCUCCCUGCCAAGGUCAUGGCUUAGUACCACUGGGCCUGUGGUGCGACUUCCCGUCGCCACGGCUGCGGAUAAUUGCUGCUUGGAGAAGCGGUCCAGGAACUAA